CAAAGCAGAUGGUGGAAAGUUUUUUGUUUUUUUGAAAAAGCCAAAUCCUAAAAAAAAAAUAAUGAUAUUUUUCGAUCCAGUAAUCACAGAGAAUCGAGAGAGCUUAGAGUUAGGGUUUUGAUUGAGAAAUUAUAGCAGAAAUGCGACGAAAUUGUUGCCACAGUUCAUUUGCUUUCAUUCUGAAAUUCCUAAAUUACCUUCAAGCCUUCGUAGGAGUAUCAAUUAUAAUAUACUCAAUAUGGAUGCUCGAUCAAUGGAAUCAUCAUGUCCCCAUUUAUCCUCCUGCUCCUUCCGCUCCUUCUCCAGAUCCUUCUUUUUCUUCUCUUUAUCUUUUUCUGAAUUCUGGUGAUCAUCAUCAGGUCACCACUCCCCUCAAGCUCAUGGCUUCCGGGUUCGACGACGGGUUAGAGUUUGAUUUGAAUUCAAUUAAGCUGCCCGCUCCCUGGUUCAUAUACUCUUUUAUGGGAGUUGGCAUUUUGCUGUGUUGCAUUACUUUGAUUGGUUGCAUUGCAGCUGAAUCAAUAAUUGGUUGUUGCCUUUGUUUUUAUGCCAUACUCAAAACCAUAUUCCUUCUACUAGAAACAGCUCUGGUGGCAUUUAUUGCAAUUGAUCAUCAUUGGGAAAAGGAUCUUCCAUCUGACCCAACUGGAGAACUUGACAGCAUCCGUUCUUUCAUUGAAGAUAAUACUGAUAUAUGUAAAUGGGUUGGCAUUACAGUGGUCAUAAUUCAGGCACUGGCUCUACUACUAGCAGUAGUUCUUAGAGCCAUGGUUUCCACUCAAAGGACCAAUUUUGAUGAAGAAGAUGAUUAUGAAAAUGCAAGGGGUAGAACUUGGGAGCCACUCCUUAAUUCUCAAUCAAACCAAACAUCUGGUUCAACUCACUCUGACAUCUGGAGCUCAAGGAUGAGAGAAAAGUAUGGUUUGAAUAGUGGAGAUAAAUACUCUCUAGUAAGUAAUGCAUCAGGAAGCAUGAAAUCCAAGUAAUGAAUCAUGCACAUUUCUUCAACUCACAGAGCAUGGAAAUGCUGAGCAAUAUGCCUUGCAAGCCAUGUAUGGUUCUGCAGUAUAAACCUACUCCUAAUUCUCUUUUUUUUCUGUUGUCUGUUUCUUGUAUAGGGUUUCAAUGUGUUGUUUUGCUUUGUGUUGACAGAGUGAGCAAAUCCUGAUCGAAUGUGAAGUUAUUCUGUAAACAAGCAAAGCUUCUGCUUUUGUUUAAUGUGUGUUCCAAUACGUGCUUUCAAAUGAGUUA